AUGAGAAUUACAACUGUCACCGGAUGGGACGAUCAUACUUUCAUGAUUGCAGCCGUGUUUUCUACGGCAACUUUAGCUCUCAUGUUUCCAUUGGCAAGUCUAGGCUUCGGAAAACAUGCUUGGACAAUAGAUCCGUCUAGCAUAAUCCACAUCCGACAGCUUUUCUAUGCAGGGCAGAUAAAUUACGUAUUCGUUCAGAUUCUCUCGAAGGUUUCGCUCUUACUGUUUUUCCUGAGGAUUUUCUUCCUACAGAAAUGGACUCGCAUAGGGUGCUACCUCACCUUGACAUUUCUUGGAACGAAAUGGAUAAUCUUUCUCAUGAUAGUCAUAUUCCAAUGUACCCCAGUCCGUUCAACAUGGGACUUCUCAGUGCCGAGUCAUUGCGUCAACGUCAAAGUCUUAACUAUUCUGGCUGGUGGAUUUAGUAUUCUAGAGGAUCUGAUCAUUCUCUCUCUUCCGAUUCCAUGCAUAAAGUCCUUGAAUAUUGGAGCUGGAAAGAAGAUCACAGCAACAAUUAUGUUCAGCAUCGGCUCUCUCGCAACUAUCAUAAGCAUCGUGCGACUCCGAUACCUCAUGACGUUUGGCUCCUAUGUCGAUACCACAUGGGACGAUGUGGACGCCUUCGUCUGGUCCGUCAUCGAAAACAGUCUUGCACUAGUAUGUGCUUGUCUUCCAGCCCUUCGGCCACUUCUCUGCCUGCUCGCCCCCAAAGUUUUUGGUGUGUUUUCACGUUCAGCAAAACCAGCCACACCAGAUGCAUGUUCAUCGUCGCCGCUUCGUAGCUGGAAGAACAGAAAAACGCACAGCCAGAUCGCGGAUGAUGAGCAGUCGGCAAUAUAUUUCGUUCCACAAGAAACGAUUUCCUCUGGCGUAACGGACUCACGUGGUCAGAACACGAUGGGACGGGACUUGGAGGAUGGUCAGGGAAUUGAUUUAAUUGUUGUAAAGCUGGAUGGAAAGAACGAUAUUUCCAAUAAUUUAAAGUAA